UGUGUAAUUUUUCUGCGUCGCAGCUGUUUUUCUGGAUAAAAAUCUCACAGCAUAAUUUGCAAACAAAACAUCUGUUUUGCAAAAUGUUUUUCCGUGAUUCAGCUUGAGCAACAGGAAGUGCAUGCGGCGCUAAAGAUGGCAGCGGAAGUGAAGAUUGACUGUUUCGCCCAGAAACCCUUUAGAUUGGUGAAAUUGUCUAUUGUGUCGCCAAAUAUGCUGGUGCGAACGUCUUCGCAGAACGGCGAUCCCAAAUUCGAGUGUCGCGGCUGGAAAUUGUUCUUCACGAAUGAGUUUGAGUGCAGAAAUAUGACCCAGACUCACAUCUACAACGUCUUCACGUCCACCUGGUCCACCAUGGAGGCCGUGGAUGAUUCUCUGCAGGAGCCCAAUCGGCAUGUCUUCAAGACGCGCUACGGGAAGAGAAUAGCGUACGAGUACGAGGAUGGGGAGGAGUUGCCGGAAAUUCCUCGUCCAGAGCAGCCCCUGGAGUGCUACGGAUCGACGGUUUAUGGGGAUUAUCUGUACACAUUCGGGGAUCUCAGUAUAUCAGAGGAAGGCGGCGACAGGAAGUUUCUGUGUGAAAUUUUCAGGGUUCAUCUCAAGGGCAUGGGACAUGAGUACAUCUCACGACCAGUGCAUCAGAACAGCGACAGGCGCUUCGACUACUCUGUGGUCGUGGUGCAGGAGAGAGUCUUCUUCAUCGGCGGCCAGGGAUUCGAUCAGCUGGUGGAUCUCGUGGAGCUUCCAGUGUUCAGUCUGGAGAGUCUCGCGUGGACCACAGUGAACACAAAGCCCGACAGACGCGGCAAGUCCAUUCAGAACUACCCAGAAGCCAGAGUGACGCCCUCUUGCCUCGUGAUAGACACUCCCACUGGCCAGGAGAUCGUCGUCGCCGGCGGGAAUGGCAAGUUCGACAACUGCACAGACAUCUGGGCGCUGAAUCUCACCACUUACGAGUGGCGCUUCAUCAACGUGAUCGAGCAGAUAAAUCUGAUGAUAAUGCGCGUGGCUCAGAGUCAUCCCAAUUGCAUGUACAUCUGCGGCACGACCGGCCACUUCGAGAUCUACCGGAUGUGGCUGCAAAUCCCACGCCUGGAGACCAUGUGUCUGGAGGCCAUCAGUCACUACGGCCUCUACAAGAUCCCCGACGCCGACCUGCUGAGAUUCCGCGUCCCGCCCAGAUUCUUCGAGGACCUCAAAAAGUGA